GGAGAGCCGGGGGCCGUCGCUUUGGAGUUGGGGCUAAGCAGUCCUCGGGGAGAGCGCGCCAAGACCGCUGCAGCCACUGGCUGACGGAAGGAGAGUUUGCAUGGAAGUGGCUUACAGAAACUUGGCACUGAGGUGCAGGGAAGCGAGACACUCUUUGUGCCUCUAAGGCCGAUGAGGAAUUUGCAAACACAUGUGGGACAUAUAAGCCUUGGAUGCGGAGGUUGGACCCAUCCACAGUAAUGGCUACGGCCUUACCCAGGACCCUGGGCGAGUUGCAGCUGUAUAGAAUAUUACAAAAAGCCAACCUACUUUCUUAUUUUGAUGCCUUUAUCCAACAAGGUGGUGAUGAUGUCCAGCAGCUCUGUGAAGCAGGAGAAGAGGAAUUUUUGGAAAUCAUGGCACUCGUGGGCAUGGCUAGCAAGCCCCUUCAUGUUAGAAGGCUGCAGAAGGCUUUGAGAGACUGGGUCACAAACCCUGGGCUUUUCAAUCAGCCACUGACUUCCCUUCCUGUCAGUAGCAUACCCAUCUAUAAAUUACCAGAGGGAUCGCCGACAUGGCUGGGAAUAUCCUGCAGUAGUUAUGAAAGGAGUAGCAAUGCCCGGGAACCUCAUUUAAAAAUCCCCAAAUGUGCUGCCACCACCUGUGUGCAGAGCUUGGGACAGGGGAAGUCAGAUGUGGUCGGGAGCCUAGCGCUGCAGAGUGUUGGUGAUUCCAGACUCUGGCAAGGCCACCAUGCCACUGAGAGCGAGCACAGCCUCUCCCCAGCAGACCUGGGCUCCCCUGCGUCCCCAAAGGAGAGCAGCGAGGCACUGGAUGCUGCGGCUGCGCUCUCUGUGGCCGAGUGUGUGGAGCGGAUGGCCCCUACACUGCCGAAAAGUGACUUGAACGAAGUAAAGGAGCUGCUAAAAACCAACAAGAAGCUGGCCAAAAUGAUUGGUCACAUCUUUGAGAUGAACGAUGAUGAUCCACACAAAGAGGAGGAAAUUCGGAAAUACAGUGCAAUAUAUGGCAGAUUUGACUCAAAGAGGAAGGAUGGCAAACAUCUCACACUUCAUGAGCUCACUGUUAAUGAAGCAGCUGCUCAACUCUGUGUGAAGGAUAAUGCCCUGCUGACAAGAAGAGAUGAGCUCUUUGCCUUGGCUAGGCAGAUUUCUCGAGAAGUCACCUAUAAAUAUACAUACAGAACCACCAAGUCAAAAUGUGGAGAAAGAGAUGAAUUAUCCCCGAAGAGAAUUAAAGUGGAGGAUGGGUUUCCAGAUUUCCAAGAUUCUGUGCAAACGCUCUUCCAGCAGGCUAGACCUAAGAGUGAAGAACUCGCAGCUCUUAAUUCACAGCAGCCUGAGAAGGUGAUGGCAAAGCAGAUGGAGUUCCUUUGCAACCAAGCUGGCUACGAAAGACUGCAGCAUGUCGAGAGGAGGUUGUCUACAGGGCUUUACAGGCAGAGCUCAGAAGAGCACAGCCCUAACGGCUUGACUUCUGAUAACUCAGAUGGACAAGGAGAAAGACCUUUGAAUCUCCGCAUGUCUAAUUUACAGAACAGACAACCCCAUCAUUUUGUGGUGGACGGGGAGCUAAGCAGACUUUACCCCAGUGAGGCAAAGUCCCACUCAUCAGAGAGCCUUGGGAUUUUAAAAGACUACCCUCACUCAGCUUUUACCUUAGAAAAGAAAGUCAUCAAAACAGAGCCUGAAGAUUCAAGAUAGCUGUGAUUCUCUCACUGUUCUCUGGAAAUGGCAUCAGAUUUAAGGAUAAUACUCCAUCAUAGAAAUAAGCCUUAAUAACCAGUGUUGCCUCAUUCAGCUCAAACAGAUUUCAUAGCCAAAGCAAAAGGACUGGUACGGUAGUCUGCGGAAGCCAGGAAGAUAAAACAACAGCCACAAAAGAGAAAAGAGUGUUACAAUCUAUAACAGUAAUAUUGAUUCAUUCACAUUCCUGUGUUAAAUCAUUUUAUAUGGAAAGGCUUGCAAAUCAAUAUUGUAAGCAUUCAUUAUUUAAGAAUGUACAAUGUAUUUGUGUAAUUUAUAGAAGUAAACUCUGGAUGUUGAGACCUGUUUGGUCCAAUAGAUGUGGAUACAGUUUAUUUUACUUGAAAUUUUGUUGUCUGCUUUGUGUGUUUAACGUAAAUAAAUGUCAACGUUUAGAAUCUUUGCCUGCAAUCGUGAAAAAGAAAGCUUAAGUGAUGUAGUUAUUGGCAAGAUUGUAAUGAUUGUAGAAAAAUAGAAAGCAAAUACUCAAUUUAAGCCAAGGAAAAGAUUGUGGAUUUAAUAUUUGAUAAAACUGAUUUUGUUUGACAGGAAAUGUGUAGCAUUCACUCAUAAAAUAUCUGGUUAUCAAUGCACGUUUACACAAUUAGUACUUGAGUGGAGGAAAGUUAAAAAGAUGAGCAAUAGAGUAGAAAAUAUCUCUUAAACUAGUUGACCUAGAUUGUAUUAAUAGCUACUUAAGAUGUAUCAAAGAUAGGAAGCUAUUACUUGGACAGAGAACUUGAAAUUUCAGAAUGUGUUAAAUAGAUUAAGACAUAGUAAGUUAACCCUACAUGUUAUAAAGAUGGUGACUGUUAACAAAAGCUAUAAUAGAUUAAGUACUGUUUUAUAUACAGAAAGUUUUCUCUGUGUAGAGAGUUCAGACUAGAUGCUUUCACUAGGGAAUGUCUGCCCACCCAGCCGUCAAAAGUGUGGACAGUCACUGCAUCCACAUUUGUAGGCAUACUUCUAUAAAAGUUUAGUUGACACCUAUAUUCAUUAUUUAUUUUACGAUUUCAUUUUUCUACAUUUUUGAAAUUUGUGAAUGCAGUUUUUUCUUAAAAUUCAUUUUAAAUUGACAGUACGUUUUUAAUUCUCCCAAUUUAAUUCAUAGACUGUGUGCAUAUAUAGGGGAGUGUGCUUACAUGUUAAUAAUGUACUUGCAUACUUAAGAGAAUUUCACAUUGGAAUUCAUAAUGGUAAAAAAACCAAAUACACCUGACAAUAUAUUUCUUUUCUGUUGGUUUAAGAGAAAGUAUCUGACAGCUUUACCUACUUCCUAUAGAUUCAUCAAACCCAGAUAUUGCUGAGAAGAGUGUAUUGACUUAGAGUAUGUGUUUUUUUGUUUUUAGUUCUGCUCUAGAUCAUAACUGUAAAAAAUAUUAAGUCAUAAUCUGUUACACUAAAAUUCGUCAGCCAAAUGUUAAAUGAAGUGUCUGCACUGUAGUCUCAGAUCACUGUCACAUAUAUAAAUUGCUUCUUCAUUUUAAUUUGUAGAAGAACUUUAUAGUAAGAAACACCAGUAAACAACUUUUAUACUGUUAAAAGGCUUUUUUCCCUUCCUAAAUGUUUUAAUUGUACCAUAGUGUUUUGCUCACUGAAGAAGCUUCUUAGGGACCUUGCAACUUUGUUGCUAGCUUGAGGUUGAUUAUUGUGGUUGUAUUGUUCACUGUGUGUAGAAAUAGUAUGAGUACAACUUAAAUAGACUGGUCAGUUUUUAAUAUUAGCCAUAGCACUGGUUAGUAUCUCAGUAGUUUCAUGAAACGUUUCCUGUAUUCUAAUCUAUUUUGAAACAUUUUGUUUGUUUUUUUUUAAUUGUGUCUUACAGUCAAGUUUGUAGAUUUUAAUAAGCCACAAUUUUAAAAGAUGCAGUAAUCUUCCAACUUCCAAUAUUUAUCCAUCCAUUGUGGACCCACAAAUUGCAUCUUUAAAUUCAUAAGUUUCCUUAAGUAUCAUCUGUUUCCGGUCUUUCAAGUUUAGUGAUAAUGUGGAAGCACAAGAAAAAUUUCAGUAGAAUACAAUUUUUAUUUUGUAAACACUAAUGUAUUAAACUUGCUAUACAUUAAAGCAAAUAAUAUAUUUUUUAUUUGAAUUGUAUAUAUGAAUUGGAUGUUAUAACUAGUUGAUUUUUUUUUUCAUUUUGUUAGAGGUAUUUUCACUGAACAAGGUCAAUUGGUUACCUCAGUAUUACAGCCAAUAUAGUCCAAGGGACCAUUUAUCCCUGAGUCUCUUAACUUUAUUGUGCGAUGUCCACGUUUUUGUGACUCUUCAAGCUGUUGGUGAGGUGGGACGAGUGCACUUGCUUCUUGUGGCAAUAAAGCUUUUCUGUGCCUCACACA